AGAUAUUUAUCUUGUGCAAUAAUUAUCUAUUAGUUGUGGCAAAUUAUUUUCUUUUCUUCGAAUUUAAACUAGUCAAAGCGAUGGCUGGUUGCUGACAACUUCUAUGUGUAUUUACUGUUGAGUAUUUUUAAUCAAGUAUCAUCAAUUUGUUCUGAAAAAUAUAAAAAAUGGAUAUAACUGAACUGAUUAAAAAAGGGAGACGCUUGACAGAUGGAAACUAUUCGCCACGCAAGUUAAUGCUGGUGAUUUUGUUGGUGCUGGUGUUUUUCCUAUAUGCUGGCCCUUACAUUCUCAGGACACUCUUUUCUACAAGGAUGUCUCUCAUCACAGAGUCGGCAACUGAGAGUGUUGCUUCCCGUGUUGCCCUGCAUAAGUUGGCUCUUUCAUCACUUGAUGCUCACAUAUUGUACACCCAGCCUCCUGAAUUACUGGAAACAACUAUGCUGCGUCAUGCACAAGAGGCAGAUGGCGAUGUUGCUUCUCUUCCUGUGCAAAAGUUUAUUCCAUUCAUUGGUAAUGGAUACAUUGGGGUGUGGUUAUCAGCAUUGCAGCCAUUGCUGAAACCUGACUCCUUGCCUCAAGAAAGUAAGCUCUACAUAAGACAUGGCCGAAACCUGGCCCUUCCAGUUCCAUAUGAGCCUCUGUUACGGAUAUAUGUUGAUGGUGGGGUGCUGCAUGAAGCUGUAGUGACAGACUACAGACAGGCGACGGUAGACAAGAUACAAGCCUGGCGCAUCGCGUCCUUUGCCACCAACCAGCGCUCAGCUGGUGAAGCGCAGCCACCAGUCUCGGCAAGCGACACUGAAGGUGGAGGCAACGUGGAAGUUACCCAUAAGCUGCUCGCCCAUCGCACUAUACCAUCUCUGCUGCUGCAGGAUGUUGUGGUUAUGAAUCCAAAUCCCGUGAGCGUCUUUGUCAGAAUAACGCGGGCCGGAGAAAAGCAUUGGAGCCACGUCUCCACCGACACAUUCUCGUGGGUAGAGUCACCGCUCGGCAUCAGUCAGCCCGGCCACGCGACGCGGCAGGAGUACAGCGUCGUUACGGGCACCGUCCCCGCGCCCGCGAGGCUCGCUCACCGCCACCAGCAGGCGUCCAAUAAAGUCAUCGUGGUCGCCGUCGCCACCCUCACACUGCCGCCUGUGCUUCAGGUGGAGCCACGCAUGUCAACGACUCUGCACGUGCUCACAGCCAUCAACUAUUCUGAGCCGAUAUUUCUGCAGGAUUUACACGUCGCAACUAAUGCUGCGCGACAAGCAGUCAUUCAGACCCUGCAAUCAGCCGUGUCUGAAAGUUCCAUUUCAAGUCUGGUGCGGAGCCACAGCGAGAGCUGGUCUGCUGUGUGGCGUUCCGGCGUUCAUAUCGAGACUUCCAGAGCUCAAGACUCUCUAAAUGGCGACCUCAUCAACGCUACCAUAUAUAACGUGCUGAGUCAGGUUCGAGCGCCGUUGCAGGAAACGUCGCUGCCGCCUCAGCAGUGGGCAGAUCUCGCUCAGCAGCUCAGCCCCCGACGCAGUGAAGGCUGCUACCAGGGGCACCACACGCUUCAGGCGGAGAAGCUGUGGUCUCCCCUGACCACCAUUGAUGACGUGCAACAGACUGUGCAGGCAUGGCUCAUCACGCUCGAGAAGCAGGGAUGUCACGGUCUCCUGCAAGCUGGGGCUGAUGGCGUGCUACAGGCGAUGCUGCUCAGCAUGGGCGGACUAUCCUUCCGUAACCUGCAUCUCCAGAUGAACACUCAAGCUAGUGACCUGCAUCGUGAUCUAACUUUCAGGCGCCUUUACUACGGCGUUGACGUUCAUCUGAACUUGAGUGUGGAGGUGCAAGACCACGACUACAAGCCACUGCUGUGGCUGACGCUCGAGCAGCAACAGAUGCCUGCCGAUGCCAGCAAUGACAGCAAAAACAGCGCUGUGGCUGGCAUUAUAAAACCUGGGAAUUCGUUAGAUUUUUUUAAAUCUGAUAAAUCGAUUGAUGAAAUAUCGAAGGGGCUUUUCAGCAAAGAAGGAAGUCAGCACAUCAACGUGAACUACAUCUACAUGCAGAGCUACGGGUACAGUGGCGUUGAGCUCUUGUCGAAUGUUCCUGAUGCCGACAGGCGAGCCCAAGGCCACCAGGCGGCGAGUGAGAGCUUCUAUGCCUGCGAUGGCGGCUGCCUCGACCCGCCUGUACAGCUGGGGAGGCAAGCACAGCCGUUCCCAGUGAAGCUGACUGAGCCCGUGACUGCGGUGCUGUACAUCACGGCAGACAAGCAGCACAUGGAGGAACUCAAGCAUUCCAUCCACGUCAAGGAGGUGGCCAUAGCGCCCGGUCAUCACCAGUCGGUGAUCGCGCUGCACCGGCACGGCCACAAGUGGGGGCGGUUACCCCCUCUCUUCUGGCUCUCGAUCGCAGCCCUCAUCGUAACGUUCCAUCUGUUCCUUGUGAAGCUCGUCGUCAACGAGUACUGCUCAGGCGACGUGCGAGCGCGCUACAGGUAUGCCAGCCGCUCACUCUACACGCUGCACCCUGACGACUCGCCAUAUUUCAAAAAGUCCCGCCGCCUCUUACCGUGACACGACGCCCACAGUGAUCGUUCGUAAACCCUCCUCCGCCCCCGCACGCAGACAGUGCCGCAAUAGUAAGGUUCUUCUCGAGACAGCCUGUCGUUGCCAGCGAGCGCCGGUUACCUUCCAGCCAACGCCCUCAUCGUGCUUGUAGCGCUCUGAAAAACUCCUUACAAACAAGGCUACUCGACGCUUUGUAUUCGGAACUUGUCGCACUAAUUUCGGAAGAAUUUGUGAUUAGUUCAUUAGAGGAGAAUUGAUUCGGGUCGAGUUUGGUUUUUAUUUAAAUAAUGGCUCAUCAGCUUGAGGCUGAUGUAUAACGAAUGAUUACUUGCCUUUAGCUGCACGUGUGAUGCAUUUUGGUGUUGGGUUUCAAUUAUUGGUUUAUUUGUAUUCUGGUGAUCUAAGCAAGACGAGAAGUGCUCAACCUGAUUAUCAAAAGUGUAUAAUAAUGAACAUUAAUGCUGUACAGUAUUUUCUUCUGAGCUAAGUAUGAUAUUGGGAAGGCAUGAAUGAUGCUUCAUCGUAUCAAUCCUUGAGUUUCGGCGUGUGUCGAGUUAUACAAAUUUUUGUAAGAUUGUCUCUAUGCAUGCUAGCGUGCAUUCUGGACUGCUUGCUUGCGUGCAUGUUAGACUCUUAUAUGCCAAAUAAAUUACGUUUACGCGGCAUUUCUUUGGGAGUAAUCACGACAAUGUCGCAAAUGUAAUCUCCCAUGCCUAGCGUUGCAUGAUUCCAUGAUAAUUUGUUGCUUGAGGUCGAUCAACACAUUAUAAACCUCUUACGUUUUAACCAAUUACUUCACAGAUAAUCAGCUAGCUUGUCGAAAUGACUUGUGAUAAAUGUUCGUCAGAUCAACCUUCUUCUCUUAAUUUUAUGUACAGCUCGUGGUGAUAGGAAUGAUUUGGCUAGUGAGUGCAGCUUUAUUUAUCUAACCUAUAUUUGCUGUUGAAUUAAUGAAUGAUGAAUAUAAAUAAGUAUAUUUUUUAAUCGCAUGUGACUUAGAGACUAAUCAGAAGCUUCAUUCGUAUGUUUCUUUCUACGUUUCUUUUGUCCCUGCAUAAAAGGGGGUUCCAGCAUCAACAUCCUGAAAGUUAGCAAGAUUGAGCCUCUAAAAGUCUAAACAAAUGCACUGUUGCGGUGUUUAUCGGAUCUUUACAGGAAGCUGUCGGAUUUCUGAGAGGACAUUUCGUCGGAGCUUCCUUCUCACUCGCCCGGUCCAUGCUGGUUUUGGGAUUGUGGUGCGAGACACGCUGCUAAGCGCUUGUUAUAAUUAUUAUUUAACACAUAAUAUAAUUAAAUUAUUUUAUCCUUCAUUGGUAAAUUAUUUAAAUUCAAUUACCUAAUUGUGCUUUCUAUUAUGCCCCUGAUUAGGCAACUUGUGAGAGAAGCAAUAACGGAUAUUUCGUUGUGAUUUUAUUUUUCUAGCUUCAAAAAUCGAGGAAGGCAAUCUGCAUUUAGGACGUGUGAUCGUCUGUGCUUCGAAUGGAUUUGCCUCGCACGUUAAGUUUGGGGUUUUCGGAUGUCUUAUUAUUGCUGCUAAUGUUGUAUGUUCGUAAUAAUGCGAGCAUAUUCCACGAGAUAGGGACUAUCAGCUCUUAAACGUGUUGACUUUCCCCGCGCAGAUAGUAGCGGCUUAAAUUUAAUCUCAGCCAAAUUGCCGGCCGUUGUUGAUGCUUGUAGAUCUUCGCUUUGGUUUUAUAUAACCACAUUUUUAAAGAUUACUUAAGAAAGAAUCAUUUCACAUUUAAACCUAAAUCGUAGCUUUGGAUGAUCACUGAUGCGUCCACCAUUAACGGUCGAUAGUUAGCGUUACUGAUGCAUCGCAUUAUGUUAUCGGGCAUUAAUAUCAGGCAUUAUCCGCGUUCUUAUUGGUUUUUAGUAAACUGAAAAGGCCUAUAGUUUCCUCCAUCGUUGAUGUUGCCGAACAUAAUGUUACUUAUCUGCUAUUAAUUUGUACUAAACACGCAACUUGUUCUCGACAUAUUGUUUUAGGCAGAAUUUGGCCAUCAUGCAUUUCAGUGACUUGUUUAUACAAUUGUCUGCCCUGUUAUGGCCACGGAUAUACUUUCUUUUUUUACUAACGCAAUGAAUAUUGUAUAAUUCUUUGCUUUCUUGCAUCUUUGUUUAUAGUUAUUUCUUAAUUGUUUGGUUGUUUGAUUUGUAAAUAUGAAUUGUUUUGAUCAUAUUCUACUGCUUGCGUGUCUAUAGCGUGAGAAAUUAUCGCUGUUUCUACUUAAAAAUCUUUAAUCCGGGGGUUAAUUCUUCUCGAUUGCAUUGAGGUGCAAGCAUGACGAGUAAGGAAGCACAAGCAUACAUUCUAUUUUAACAUUAAGUAUAUUGAAAUUAAUUAUUAAUCUAACUGAGAAAAUGCCUACAAAUUUAUCCCGCGCAAAAGAUUUUGAAAUGAAAGAUAUACAUUUGUAUGCUGUAAAUUCUAAGGAAAUGUGAUUUGGAGUGUUAUGAAAUUCGUACGUUAGAACAUAAAGAUAGUAUGUUUUUUGCUGAUGGCACUACAAGAAGGAGGUAUAAAAAACCGACCAAACUUGUAAAAAAAAUGUCUUCAGUUUUGCGGAAUUGUCAAUUGUGAUGAAGAUAUGAAGAAGGAAGGAGCUUAAUUUCUCCCCGUAGAAUUAGGAUGAUCUUUAUAUGGCCGUUGUCCUGGAGCCGUGCUAUCAACACUCGCUUGAGUACACACAGCUGCCUAAGUGCACGUAGCGGCAGAUUUCUCGACUGUGAUUGGUGGAUUUACUUCAAAAAGACGUCGGUGAUUGGCUGACCGAGUUACGAAUUCUCGAGUAUUUUUGAUAUUGCGGCUCCUGGUCAUCGUGCUCGUUGAUGCUUCCACUAGUCUUAAGCUCUGUGUAGGAUAUUGUGUUACGUGUUAAUGGCUAUGCAGUGAUGACGUCACCGUGUUCCAUAUGGGUGAUGAAAGGGACCUGGACAAUAUAAGCACAUUACGCUCCGUCAUAUGGCCUAAAUUAAUAACUACCUUGUAAUUUCUUUUGUUGUGACGUCCAAAGUACUGCGCCAGGGGCAUUAAGGUGAUUAACCUUACUUAUUCCGUCAACUUAAUACAAUGUACGUGUGUGGUCAAUGGUUGCUGUUCUAUUGUCUAGAUAUCAUUAUUGUUUGUGCUAUUCCAACACGUGAUAACGAAUUAAAUACAUUUUAAACCCAA